GACAGGCUCCAGGAGGGGCGAUCGAGGAGGAUCAACCUGUUUGACCCUACUGCGGCACCACGCCAACGUUCUCCUACACCACCAUCCUCUCCAAAUGUGAAUCCGGACUCAAGUUCGGACGAAGAUGGGGAGUGUGGAAACAGAUUCGCCCAUUUGAGGAAGCUACAAGGCCCGGAGGUGAUCCAAGCCCCUUUCGAUAUCCCUCCCCUUUUCCCAUAUGAGAGAUCCGUGGUAUACCUCCUGAUCCCCCCUACCGCCAAACAAUUAAAGUAUGCAAAGUCCGUGGCUUUGAGCGCGACCACAAUUGCCGGUGACAAGCUCUCGCUUUCAAUUCCCGUCACCCACAUCGAGAAACCAGGGAAAACUGUGCACCAACUCGCCGCCAGAAUGCUAUUGCGUGAUCUGGAGGAGAGUAAAAGCUGGCUUCACUCUAGUAAGUGCGGUAUUCCCGCAGGAGAUUCGGCCGGAAUUCAGGAGUAUGCCCAGAGAGAAGGAGAGGAGAUUGGCAUGAAGUGGUUACUAGCAAGUAAAUGGACGAGCUUCGUGGGUGUUGAAGAGGAGAUUCUGGGCGAGGCAUCAACCCUGACGCAAGCCCCUCCGGAGGAGGGGCCGUUGGGAUUUUCUGAGGGUGGGUCUUCCGCUCCCAAUAUGCCUAGCGGGUCACUCGAAACCAUUGAGGAUACUGGAAAGAGCGUGCCCAUUGACAAGCCCACCUCCUUCUCUGCCGGAUCCUGUCCCGAGCUCCUGCCAAGGCCAUAUCCCACACAUCUGCCCCGCGCCACAACAGGUUCCGGAGCUCCACGGGGUGUCGUUAUAGGGGCCCGAGUGAUGAAUAGUGGAGUUGAUACUAUGAGUCGCCUUCUAGCGCCGAGGGAUACGCCAGAUCCUACUCAUCCCGUAUGGAAUAGCUCUAGGCCCUUCAAGCCGUACCUACCACCAGGGUCCAUUCCGGGAAGCGAAAUAUAUAGCGUGUCAUGGGGGCCCCGCGAACCGUCCCUACCGCCAGGGUCCAUUCAGGGAAACGAAAUACAUAGCGUGUCAUGGGGGUCCCGCAACCCGUCCCUACGACCAGGGUCCAUUCAGGGAAGCAAAAUAGUUUGUCGCCCCAGUAGCGCCGUUCCAGCUUUUGGGCAGGCUUCCAGAAAUUCCGGACUACCCCCGGGAUCAGCGACACGACAACAACAACCGCAGCAACAACUCCCACCUGUAAAAAUUUUGAAUGGUUGUUCUCUAAGGCACUCAUGUAACCCCACAUCCGCUGAACUAGGCUCCUCAGACCCCGUCCAAAUCCUUCCAGCCACCACUUCUCCACCUAUCACCAGCAGCGCAGGUGGCGAUUCCUUGGAGUCCGACAUGGCCUGUAUCGGCGACAUUCUGGCACCACCCCGGGCGCCUCCAAGAUCUCCGGUCAAAAUCCACAAACUUAUAGCUGCACAAAAAUUCGACGGCAGCUUCCACAUUGCGGAUGAAUACGUCGUUGAACUCCUAGGCUCCCUUAUGAAUUCUAUACCCGAGCCCUGCGGUGGGGAUAAAGUCUCAUGGGUGGCGUUGCUCAUUGCAACGCUUUUGGAGAGUAAGUAUGACAAUCUUAGAGAUAUAUGGGAGUUAGUUGUUAGGAAGGUUUGGGUGUUUCUGAGUGGUAGAGAAGGAGUAAGGGUGGAGGAAGUGAAGGCCGUAGCAGAGGAAUUAGUUGCUGGGUGGGAGUAG